CCCUCAAUCACCCGCUAAAAUCCUAGGGUUUACAGUGGAAGUUCUUUGCGCAGAACGCAACUAAACUCCGUCAAGAUCUCACACGUCCUCGGCACCGCUUCAAGCUAAAUUGCGCAGAGCACUCUACGAAAACAUGGGUUCCAAAAACAAGAACUCCACAAAGAACAAGGAGGCGAAUCGAGAAGCCGCUGUAGCCGACGGUGCGCGCGAUAGAGGGAACCGCCAUGGCGACAAGGUCAUCACUGACCCUCGGUUCGCGUCUGUACACUCCGACCCUAGGUUCCAGAAACUUCCGAAGCGCAAAACGCAGGUCACGAUCGACUCUCGAUUCGAUCGAAUGUUCACCGACAAGAGCUUUUCUUCAUCGUCUGCCAAAAUCGACAAGAGAGGCAAACCUAAGAAGGACUCAUCGCAAAACCCUCUCAAACACUAUUACCGUCUCGAAGAAGAAGAAGAUGAUAAGAAACGCAAAGGUGUGGCCAAGAACGAAGAAAUUGAAAGUGACGAAGAAAUCAGUGCAGAGACUGAUAGCGAGAGCGAGAAAUUGAUUAAGAGCGACGGAGAGUCGUCUGAUUCGGAGUUGAAAAUUGAAUCAGAGCGGUCGGAAUCAGAAGACGAGGGUAAUAAGAGCGAUGGGUCUUCCACGGACACUACUACGGAUUCUGAUGAAGAAGAUGAGGUUUAUACGGAAGAGGAAGACACUAUUGCACAGGAGGAAAAUGUACCAGAAAUUGACAAAGAAACUCACAGGCUUGCUAUUGUUAAUAUGGAUUGGAGUCAAGUGAAGGCUGUUGAUUUAUAUGUAGUCCUGAGCUCAUUUCUCCCUAAAGGUGGACAAAUUUUAUCCGUAGCCGUCUAUCCAUCUGAAUUUGGACUUAAGCGUAUGGAAGAGGAGGCAGUGCAUGGUCCUGUUGGGCUAUUUGAUGAAGACAAAGAGCAAAGUGAAGACGACAAUAAUGAUGAGAUUGACAAUGAGAAAUUGCGUGCAUAUGAGUUGAGUAGGCUAAGGUACUAUUAUGCUGUAGUGGAAUGUGAUUCGAGUGCUACAGCUGAUUAUCUUUACAAAACUUGUGAUGGAGUUGAGUUUGAAAGAUCGUCAAAUAAGCUGGAUUUGAGGUUUAUUCCAGACUCUAUGGACUUUAAACAUCCCCCGCGUGAUGUCGCAACAGAGGCACCAACAAGCUAUGAAGGUUUAGAAUUCCAAACUCAAGCACUGCAGCAGAGUAAAAUUAAUCUUACCUGGGAUGAAGAUGAACCACAUCGUACAAAGACCUUAAAGAGAAAAUUUAAUGCUGAGGAGCUAGCUGAAUUGGAAUUGAAGGAGUUUCUGGCUUCUGAUGAGAGUGAAACUGAAGAAGAUGAGAAUGAUAAUAAUGAUGCUAUGGAAGAUCGAUUUGGAAAAAAACAAAAGAAAAAAGAUUUGUACCGUGCUCUCAUCCAGUCUGGCGAGGGUUCAGAAGGCGAUGAUGACGAGGAUGGCCAGGAUAUGGAAGUCACUUUCAAUACUGGCUUAGAGGAUAUAAGCAAGAAAAUUCUAGAAAAGAAGGAUAAGAAAUUGGAAACAGUUUGGGAGGCAUAUCUCAGAAAGAGAAGUGAGAAGAAGAAGGCAAGGAAAAAUAGAUCAAAGAAUUCAUCAGAGGAUGAGAGUAGUGAUACUGAUCAAGAAGCACCUGAACAAUUUGACGACUUUUUUGCUGAAGAGCCUUCAGUUAAAGGAAGUAAGGAGUCUCGAGGUAAAAAAGACCGGAAAGAAAAGCGGCACAAAGAAACAGCUGAUGAAGCAGAAGCAAGCAGGGCAGAGCUUGAGUUGUUACUGGCUGAUGACAAGGGAGAAGAUGCCAGCUUGAAGGGAUACAAUUUGAAACCUAAAAAGGCUAAGGGGAAAAAGGGAAAAGAAAUUCCAGAUGAGGGGAAAAUACCAACCAUUGAUUAUGAUGAUCCACGGUUCUCGGCUCUCUUCACUUCACCUCUGUAUGCUUUGGAUCCCACGGAUCCUCAAUUCAAAAGGAGUGCUGUUUAUGUUCGGCAGUUGGCACAGAAGCAACAGAAGGGUGGCCAGGAAGAAUUGGAGGGAAAAGAACCGACAAAGUUGCGACAAGCUCUGUUGCCACCUGAUGAUCUGGAGGCAGACAAAAAUGAGCACUUACGAUCUGAUGGAUUGCCCUCAAAGAAAGAGAAGCAUGAGCUAUCUUCGUUAGUUAGGUCAAUUAAGAUGAAGUCCAAACAAGUUCAAUUGGCCUCCAAUGCUAAGAUGCCAGGAAAAAAAAGAAAACCGCAAUCCAUCGCCAAAGGAAAGAACAGGAGGGGAAAUAUCCAAAAGAAAAUUGUGACAGAUGUUUUUGACAUUAGCCCAUCAAUAUAGAUGGUAAGAGCUGUAGGAAGCAACGAAGUUGUACGAGGAUGUAUUGGGGAAAAUUCGACGAUGAAAGAUUUAGUAUAUUUCUUCUAAUUUUAUUGUGAUUUAUUAAUAAGAAUUGUUGGGGAACUAUUAUUGAUCUUGUUUCAAAUCAACUUAUUUUUGAGGAGGGAGAGAAUACUUGAAUUUUUGAGUAUAUGA